UUUGCAUUUUUCGACUCACCCGUUCCCAGUCUGCAUCGUUCAAUACAAUCACCUACCCAUUAAUGGCGGUUGUUGUGAUGUGAAAUUUUAAGCAUAAAUUCGUCUUUAUUGAAAGAGAUUUGUACAAUUUUUGUGUAAAGCAUUGUUUUAAAAUGAGUAAAAACUUGCAUCAGGUUGAGCAUCCCUUCGUAAUGGAGAGCGAUGUGGCGGAAUCUCAAAGACUACUCGAAGAUAAAGACCGAACCAGCAACUGGAAGCGCUGGGGUCCCUAUCUGUCGGAACGGCAAUGGGGCACCGUUAGAGAAGAUUAUUCYCAUGAUGGCUCUUGCUGGGACUACUUUUCACAUGACCAGGCCAGGUCAAGAGCAUACCGGUGGGGCGAAGAUGGUUUGUUGGGUAUUACAGACAGACAGUGUAGACUCUGUUUUGCUCUUGCAUUGUGGAAUGAGAAAGAUUCAAUAUUAAAGGAAAGACUGUUUGGCCUUACAGGGAGUGAGGGUAACCAUGGUGAGGAUGUGAAAGAGUGCUACUAUUAYCUUGAUUCUACACCUACUCACUCGUACAUGAAAGCACUGUACAAAUAUCCACAGAACCAAUACCCUUAUCAAUGGCUGGUGGAAGAAAACAAGAGAAGAUCAAGAGAUGAACCUGAGUUUGAACUUAUGGACACUGGUGUCUUUAAUGAAAGUCGAUACUGGGAUGUACUAGCUGAAUAUGCCAAGAAUUCUCCCAAUGAUAUUUUAAUCAGAAUAACUGUCACAAACCAGGGACCUGACAAAGCCAGGAUCCAUGUAUUGCCAACAUUGUGGUUUAGAAAUACUUGGAUCUGGGGAUGUUUACAUGAGGGUUGUACAGUGAAAGCCAAGAUCAAAGAGAUAGACAAACAAAUGGUUGAAUGUUGGCAUGAAACAUUGGGAAAGUUUGUGUUUAUGGCUGACGUUGGUCAGAAUGGUUUGCCAGUUGAYCUUCUCUUCACAGAAAAUGAAACUAAUUCAGAGAGCUUAUUCGACUUCCCAGCUUACACGAAGUACACAAAGGACGCCUUCCACCGAUAUGUUAUACAAGGACAGAAAGACGCGGUCAGUCCCAAGAAACGUGGCACAAAGUUAGCUCCAUAUUACAUCCUGGAGGUGGCGCCAGGCUGUUCCACUACAAUCAAGUGUCGACUUACAGCCAAAGACGAAGUUGUGAAAGAUCCGUUUUGUGAAAGAUCUUUUGGGGCAGUCUUUGAGAAACGAAGGAGGGAAGCUGAUGAAUUUUACAAGAUAGCCAUUCCAUCUUCGUUAUCAGCUGAACAAGAGUUGGUCAGUCGGCAGUCUUAUGCAGGGUUGCUCUGGAGUAAGCAGUUUUAUCACUAUAUCAUUAAAGACUGGCUUUAUGGCGAUCCAGAGACUCCUAAACCGCCGGAAUCAAGAUUUUCCGGUCGAAAUUCUAAUCCUGAAUGGAGGCAGUUGUUUAAUAGAGACGUCAUAUCGAUGCCAGAUAAGUGGGAAUAUCCUUGGUACGCAACUUGGGACUUAGCGUUCCAUAUGCUACCAAUGGCCAGGAUCGAUCCUGAGUUUGCUAAAGACCAGUUAAUGUUGUUCCUUCGUGAAUGGUACAUGGCACCGAAUGGUCAAAUGCCAGCCUAUGAGUUUGCAUUGAGUGAUGUCAACCCGCCUGUUCACGCCCUCGCUUGUCACUUUGUCUACAAGAACACUGGACGUAAAGGACACAGAGACAACGUGUUUCUUGCCAGAUGUUUCCAGAAACUCCUUAUCAACUUUACUUGGUGGGUGAACAGAAAAGAUCCAACGGGUAAUAACAUUUUUGGUGGAGGAUUUCUUGGUCUAGAUAACAUAGGUAUUUUUGAUCGAUCAAAGGAUCUUCCCGUUCAAGGAAGUCUUAUGCAAGCGGAUGGCACUGCAUGGAUGGCCUUCUAUUGUGUUGUCAUGUUAGGUAUCGCCCUUGACCUCGCUGUACACGAUCCUUCUUACGAGGAUUUGGCGUCCAAGUUUUUCGAGCACUUUACCCAAAUCUCAGAUGCCAUGAAUAAGAUGGGUGAUGGCCUUGGCUUGUGGGAUCAAGAAGAUGGUUUUUAUUACGACCAUUUGAGUUGUCCUCAAUCGAACAGCAGUAAACCACUUCGCGUGCGCUCUAUGGUUGGGCUGGUUCCGCUUUUCGCCUGUCUUGUCCUUGAAGACGAGUUUGUCCAGAAACUUCCUGGAUUCAAAAACCGUCUUGAUUGGUUUUUAAGAAAUAGAAAAGAUCUGGCGACYCAGGUAUCGUAUAUGGAUGCACAAGGAGCAAGCAAGUACCACCACUUACUGGCMAUUCCCACCAAGGACCAGCUCAGUCGAGUUUUGAAGUACGUUCUUGACGAGAAGGAAUUUCUUUCACCUUAUGGUAUCCGUUCUUUAUCUCUUUAUCACAAAGAUCAUCCUUACAGCCUCAAAUUAAACGACGAAGAAUACAGCGUGCARUACGUACCAGCAGAAUCGAACACUUUUAUGUUUGGAGGGAAYAGUAACUGGAGAGGCCCUAUUUGGCUUUGCAUGAAUGCUCUUCUCAUUGAAUGCCUUGAGCGCUACGACUAUUUYUUUGGUGAUAGUUUCAAAGUGGAAUGUCCAACUGGUUCUGGCAACCUAAUGCGCCUGCGCGAUGUUGCUAGAGAGAUUUCAAGACGUCUGACGUCACUGUUCAUGGCUGAUAAAGAUGGAAGGCGACCUUGCCAUGGUAACGAAGACCUGUAUACCGAUGAUCCAAACUGGAAAGAUUUAGUCUUGUUUUAUGAGUAUUUUCAUCCUGAGACUGGAAGAGGAGUUGGAGCAAGUCAUCAAACUGGAUGGACAGCCGUAGUAUCGUGUUUGUUGGACAAGUUAUCUCAAAUCAACCAUUAGCCUUCUACCACCCCCAUAUAAUCUACAAUACCUUAGCUACAUAUUUCAAAGAGGGUUGUCAGAGACAUUGACGGGUACAAGUUACGAUAGUGACUCUUUUGCUAACCGAAAAAAAAAA